GCCUUGGUUACAUAUAUAAAUCCAUAUAUACAUAUACAUACAUACAUUUGUAAGUAUGAUGUCUAUUUCUUAGUGCUCACAACUGACUUCAAUUCGCGGCCGCAAAAGUAUUCAAAAUGUCCAACACAAAAAUGCUGGCAAAAUCCAGCGUGGAGGAUAUAUCUUACAACGCCAAUCUUUGGCUACAAGCUGCCAUGCUAAUCAAUGUUUACAUGUCCCUAAUUUGGGGUAUAAUUUACGGUUGCUAUAUACUCUAUAAUUUGUCAGAGUUGCAGGACUUCUAUGGACGCGCGGUUAUAGUCGCCUACAUAUUAUCGUUGUUGGCCGAAGUUUAUCGCUUACGUGCGGGCUAUAAAGGCAACUUGGGCGCAGAGAUCAGCGAGCUGAGCAUCUUUCUUGUGACAACACCGUUAAUACAACUGCCGUUACUUGCGUUUCUUUUUCUCUCCGUGCGUGGUGAUUGGACCCUCAUAUAUCUCAUCAUUGAGUUAAUGUUUUGUUUAAUGCUAAUUGAAUUGAUUGCCGGCAUGUGGGCAUGACAUAUCUUUGCGAAACAUCAAAAUGAUUUGCACAAACUGAAGCGCCAAAUCGCGUUGCAAAUGCGAAAUGCCAAAAAAGAAAGCGCAAAUGCUGAGGACACGUGGAAUGUGCUAUAG